AUGGCGCCGGUGUUCGACCACUCCGCCAUCCCUGGCACAGUCACCCUAGUAGAUGUGGACCAUGUCAUGGCUGCGCGACACCUGGAUCAUGGACGAGACCGAGACAUUGUGCUUAUCCCCACGCCCUCGAAUGACCCAGACGAUCCCUUGAACUGGAGUCGGCGCCGAAAAUGGCUGUCCACGGUCUGUGUGAGCAUGUACGUGCUGGCGUCGGGCAUCGCCUGUUCGGUCGUGUACUCUGUGCUCGUACCCUUGCAUCAACAGUCCGGAUUACCGGUGAGCACGCUCAAUGAGGGGACGGGGUAUAUGUUUUUGCUAGCGGGGUGGGGGUUGCUCUUCUGGCAGCCGUUUGCGAUGCAAUUCGGCAAACGGUUGACCUAUAUAUUGUCGUUGGCGGGUAUCCUGGCAGUUACAAUGUGGGGACCCUAUGCGCCCACCAAUGGGCAAUGGAUAGCUCGAAACAUCCUGCAGGGAUUCUUCACGGCCCCUGUGGAAGCCCUCCCAGAAAUCACCGUCACAGACGUGUACUUCACCCACGAGCGAGGAACAUACAUGGGUCUCUAUGCAUUCUUUCUUGCAGGUAGCAACUAUUUCGCACCCGUCAUCUGUGGGUUCAUCGCAGAAUACCAGGGCUGGCGAUGGGUGUUCUACUGGCCAAGCGUCUUUGUCGGCAUCAUCAUGAUCUUCCUAUUCUUCUUCAUGGAAGAAACGAACUAUGUGCGACAGGAUGUCGAGGAUACGACGAUCGCCAACGUCCGAGUCGACCAUUCAUCUCCUACAAGCUCGCAGGAUGGUGACCCCGAUCCAGAGAAAGCAGCGCAGACCUCGAAACAGCCUGCUUCUGCACCAGAGUCUGGUACUGUUUAUACCAAGAAGUCAUACUGGAAGAAGCUGUCCCUGCUUGGGCCGAAGCAGAGUCAGAAUACGAUGCUUCGGAGAGUGCGGCAGAUGUUGUAUUACCUCUCAUGGCCCGUCAUCUUCUACGCUGGAUUCUCGUACGGCUCCUACCUUGUCUUCUUUAACAUCCUCAACGGCACCGCAUCCAUCAUUCUAGGCUCGCCACCUUACAAUUUCGGUUCCUCCAUGGUCGGAGUCAGCUACCUAGCCUGCUGUCUAGGCGUCACACUCGGAUCCCUCUUUACCGGCCGCUUCAGCGACUGGCUCACCAUCAGAUUAGCCCGACGCAACAACGGCAUCAUGGAAGCCGAGCACCGUCUAUGGCCAUUCGUCGCAUGUCUAGUCCUGGUCCCCGGCUCUCUGAUCCUCUGGGGCGUCGGCGCUGCACACGAAGUCCAUUGGUUCGGUCUGAUCGUGGCGAUGUGCAUGCUGGCAUUUACCAACACGUGUGGCGUCACACUGAGCGUCAAUUACAUGGUCGAUAGCUACCGCGAACUGAGCGGGGUUGCUAUCGCCAGUGUGAUUCUGGUGCGGAAUACCAUGUCUUUUGCCAUUGGUUAUGGGAUUACGCCGUGGAUCGACAAUUUGGGCUACCAGAACUGCUUUAUUUCUGCUGCUUUAAUCGGCAUGGCCUGUGCGGCUGUCUUCCUGGUGAUGAUUCGAUGGGGCAAGGCAUGUCGUAUUCGGACGCGGGAGAAGUACUGGAAGAUCGUCCAGGAGAACUGGGAGAAGGGAAUGGGGCAUUAG